AACAGUUGACACAAAAUGUGGCUACCCUUCUUGCUAGUGGCACUGCCUUGGGGGACUGUGGUGGGGGGAGGUCCUCUGACAUUGGCCAAUCUUAGCCGAAUCAUUGGAGGCUCCGCUGUGAAGAUCAGCAAGGUGCCCUACCAGGCAGCCAUCAUCUUGGAUGGAAGCAAUUCCUGCAGUGGCGCGAUUCUCAAGGAGAGCUACGUCCUGACAGCGGCGAGCUGCGUGUCGGGAUAUUCGAAGGGCUCCAUUAAAGUGCGAGUCGGGACCAGUUCCGCCGACUCUGGGAGAGCCUCCGCCAAGGUCUGCAUCGUGAUCAGCCACCCGUCCUACACUUACUGGCGAUUCGACAACAAUCUGGCGAUCCUGAAGCUCUGCAAACCUCUGAAGCUGUCCGACUCCAUCAAGGCAAUUAAGAUUGCCGACAAAGUGCCGGACAACGAUAAACAGGUGCAGGUCAGUGGCUGGGGAUCCACCUGUUGGUGGGGCAGCUGGUGGGACAGAUGCUUCGGCAGCCGGCCGAGUCAGUUGCAGAUCGUCACGACCGUUGUCUACGAUCGGGAGUCGUGCGCCUCGGAUCGGGAGGUCUGGUUCGGGCUCUGGGACAACGGCAUCUCGGAACGGACUCUCUGCACCUGGGACUCCGGCGUCGGAGCCUGCUCCUACGACACCGGGGCGCCGCUGGUGAAGGAUGACAAGCUGGUGGGCAUUCUCUCCGAGGGUGGAUGCACCACCUACCCGGAUGUUUAUGCCAACGUAGCGGGAUUCAAGAGCUGGAUCGCUGACAACACCAAGGACGAUACUACAACCCCGAAACCCACAACCGUGUCUUCUGCCAGCACCAGGUCUUCUUCGACGAGUAUAGGUACUACUAGCAGCACUAGUAGUAGUAGCACUAUAUCUAGUAGUACUCCCCCAACUGCAACUCCUCCGACUAAAACUCCUCCAACAAAAACUCCUCCUACAAAAACUCCUCCAACAAAAACUCCUCCUACAAAAACUCCUCCAACAAAAACUCCUCCUACAAAAACUCCUCCUACUAAAACUCCUCCUACUAAAACUCCUCCUACUAAAACUCCUCCUCCUACAACUCCUCCUACAACUCCCCCUACUACAAAUCCUACUUCUACAGAUUCUACAACUCCUACUUCUACAGAUUCUACAACUCCUACUUCUACAGAUUCUACAACUCCUAGUUCUACAACUUCUACAACAUUGAAACCUCAACCACCUCCACCUGUCGAUUCCAAUUAAAGACGUAACAUUUAUUUUGAUUUUCGGGGAAUACUGAUUCCUUUCCAAAUAUUUAUCUAUAAAUUUCCUAACUCCUAACCUCAAGAUAAAUACUAUCCUUAACCAAAUAGAUAGAGUAUACUUUUAAGAAAAAGUUGACUUAAUCUUUCACUUAAAACUCGAAACAUAGCCUAAUUGAGUUAUUAAAAUGUAACAAGGUGGACAGCCCCUAAUGAAAACAAAGAGAAGGUGUAUCACACCCACUUUGAUGGUCAGCCUAAGCUUGUAACGACGUCGUGUGUUUGGUUUUCCUCGCAGAAACCACAAUCCUGGGGCUGCACUCAGUGUGUCCUGGGCAGGACAUGCAAAUGUCUCCUACAAUAGCCGUAGGACAGUUGCAUUAUUCAUUCUGGUCAAGUCAAACAGAAAAAAGAAUGGAAUAAAGAAUCUUUUUUGAAUCUCGAAGCUGAAA